AUGGAAAUCCAUAAAGUCGCUUCUCCUCAAGACUGGGUGUAUUUUGCUAAAGGUGCAGCCAACAUUCUCUUUGAGUACAAAGGCACCAAUGAUUUCCUAAAGAAUAAACUCUUACGACUUCGAAUGAACAAUAAGGAUGAAAAGGAAUAUAUCCUGACAUGUUCACUUUUUGACUUCGUUGAAUUGAAAUGCAAACAGUUGUUUGAGCUGCUGGAGAUUACGGAUAUGCAACUUGUGGUGUUAACUCCCGAGUUUCUCAGACAAUUAGAUACGAAUGGUACCGAACUUAAAGAGUCUGAAAAAUACGGGUUCUUAAUCCCCAAUAAUGUCCCCAGUGAUUUUAUCAAGCUUAAGGGAACCAAGAACUUUUGUUUGUUCUAUAAUGAGUCUUCGGUGAUCGCCGAAAUCAAACCUAAAUGGUUAUACGACAAUUAUAAUACCAAUUAUUGUCGUUCGUGUCUGCUGGUGCAAUUGCGUCAGGGGUUGAAUUCCAAGCGUCAUUUCUGUCCCUUAGAUUUACUUUAUCCUCAGACAAUUAAUAGAGUAGUUGAUGAUAUGUUUGGUAUAUUCUCCGAGGAAGACUUGGCCCGAUUAUACGACAAAACCAAGAUCGACAUUAAACAAUUGUUUGCUUUAUAUUUGAAAGAUUCAGACAAUAUUUUCCAGAAACUAAAGCAUUUCCAAGCUGCUAAAGACUCUUCAACUUAUCUUAGAAAUGUGUCGGAUGCAGAACAUGUCCCUGAUGACUUAUUGCUUAUGAUGACCCUAAGAGAUGUCGGGUUAUUUUUAAAGUUUGACAAAUCCCAACAAAAGCGGCCGGAAACGGAUUUGGAACCGCUGUUAUCAUCGUCCAAUGAUUUGGUUAAUACGUUGCUACAAACUUCCACCCAAUGGAAAUCUCAAACCUCAAUCAAUACUACGGGGUUGAAAGUGUUGAACUAUAAAGGUGAUGAAUAUUACGUCAAUUGUAACAUUUAUGAUUUGGAUCUAAAAUCAAGACAUAAGCUUGCUCAUUGGAAAAAGACUGAACAAAGCUUACAACAAAUAUAUUAUUCCAGUAAUCCCAAUUGGAGAUAUUGUAUCAAACUUGAUGGUGGUGGGGACAAAGAGAACCCUUACUGA